UACACUUUAUUCAUUACAUUUAAUUAUAAAUAUUAUUUCUUAAAACGAGUUCGGUAUUGAACGUGAAACAAGCAACAAGUACUUAUAAUAAUUGAGAAUUUAUCAAUACAAUAUUUUUGUUAAUUCCAUUAUAACCGUUUUGGCCAUUAUUUUGCUUAAAAAAUCUGAAUUUUAAAAAUUUUAUUGAGAUCAACAAGUAAUAAUGAUUUAUCGUUUUCUUCCAAAAUUUUAAAAAAAAUUCAAAAAAUUUGAGUUAACAUAAUUCUACAACCUGUCAUGAUGAACCAAUAAAUUUAAAAGCAUAACGUGAGAUGGAAUUUCAUUAUGGAUUCCAUAGAUGAAGCAAUAACAUAUGAUGAUUUUGAGCAAAGGUAUUUUAAAACACACGAAUCAUUGGACUUCGAUUUUUCCACAACUUCAAUCAUAACACAAAAUCUUACCGCACAAUAUCAGGUUAAACCCAAUUCUGAUUCGGAAAACGAAGAUGUAAAAUCUAAAAACUCACAUGUUCCAAGGAAACAUGAAGCCAAUAAUAAUUCUUUAAACUGUCAUAGUGAACCAUCACAUUUAAGUAUACAAUGUCAGCUGAAAUCCAGGUUUAAUUGGAAAAGUGAAGAAGUAAUGUUCGGAAGUUCAAGUAAUUCUUCGGUUCAAGAAGAACAUGAAAACUAUGAUAAUUCUUUAAUCAGUUAUAAUGAACAAUUAAAUUUUAAUACGCAACACGAGAUGCAACCCAGCUUUCAAACGUCAUUUGCUAAUUCUUCGAUUCAAGAAAAACAUGAAAGCAAAAAUAAUUCUUUAACCAGUUAUAAUGGACCAACAAAUUUAAAUACACAACGUCACUUGACAUCCAGUUCUAAUUCGAAAGGUGAAGAAGUAAUAUCCGGCUGCUUAAGUAAUUCUUCGGUUCAAGAAGAACGUGAAUACAAUGAUAAUUCUUUAACCAGUUAUAGUGAACAAAUAAAUUUAAAUACACAACAUCCCAUUCAAUACAGAUGUAAUUUGGAAGAAAAAGAAAUUAUAUCAGAAAGGUGCCCAAAACUCAGUCAUACUCCAAAAACAGGGAAAUGGAAUGCGUCCAGGCAAACAAAAUACACCGGAGGACAUUUUCUUUUUCGGGCCCGCUUCUCAAGUUAUGGUAACUCAUAG